GAGAGAGAGAGAGAUCCACAGUUUCAAGUCAACUGAGUCCCACUCUCAGCAUCUCUGACAGAACCUUCAAAGACACACAAAAGAAAAAAAAGAAAAAGAAAAAAACACAACACAACACAACACAAAACAACAGCAAGACCGAGAAAAGAAAAAUGCCGAUUUGAAAUGACCCUUAUGCCCUUCGAUUCUUCGCUUUGAUUCCCAGCAACGCCGCCACCACAAUGGACGCUACUGCCACCAACUUCGGCAAACCCUACGCGGGUUCGGAGCUCCGGCUCGACGGGGCAUCCGAUGAUCCGAAUCGAGCCGGGUCGGGUCAGAAUUCGACAGCAAGGUACAAGCUGAUGUCGCCGGCGAAGCUUCCGAUCUCGAGGUCGCCGUGCAUUACGAUACCUCCGGGAAUGAGUCCGACGUCGUUUCUGGAAUCCCCGGUUCUUCUUUCCAACAUGAAGGUGGAGCCUUCACCUACUACUGGGUCCCUUCCUAAGCUUCAUCAAACUGCGGCUUCUACUGUGUCUGCUUCAUUUCCUGUAACCACUGCAUGCUUCAAUACCAAUAUUGUUGAUGACAGAAAAUCAAGCUUCUUUCAGUUUAAACCGCACAAUAGAUCAAAUAUGGUUCCUGCAGACUUCAACAACCUUGUAAGUGAACAAUCUACUCAAGUAAAAGGUCCAGGAAAAGCUGAAUCGUUUACCCCCUCACCAUUAGUCGAAAGUGAUAGAGCAGUUCCUUCUAAUGAAUUAAGCCUAUCAUCACCUGUUCAAAUGGUUAGUUCUGGGGCUUGUGCUCCUGUUGAUGUUGAUGUGGAUGAAUUUAAUCACAAAGGCAACACAGCUACUGGGCUUCAAACAUCACAUGUUGAGGUUAGAGGCAAUGGUCUUUCAGUUGCAGCUGAGAGAACGUCUGAUGACGGAUACAAUUGGCGAAAAUAUGGGCAGAAACAUGUUAAAGGAAGUGAAUUUCCGCGCAGCUAUUACAAAUGUACACAUCCUAACUGUGAAGUGAAAAAACUUUUUGAACGCUCCCCUGAUGGUCAAAUCACUGAGAUAAUUUACAAGGGAACACAUGAUCAUCCUAAACCUCAACCAAGUUGCCGAUAUUCUGCUGGUACCAUUAUGUCUUUGCAAGGAGACAGAUCUGAUAAGGCUUCUGCUUUGGCUGGUCGAGAUGACAAAGCAUCCAAUAUGUAUUGUCAGGUGUCUCAUGAAGCUGACCCCAACAAUACUACAGAGCUAUCACCUGUAGCAACAAAUGGUGAUAGUCUAGAGGGUGCUGGGUUUGUGUCAAACAGGACUAAUGAUGAGGUUGAUGAUGAAGAUCUCUUCUCAAAGCGAAGAAAAAUGGAACUUGGAAAUGCUGAUAUCACUCCUGUAGUUAAGCCUAUCCGGGAGCCACGGGUUGUUGUACAAACUCUGAGUGAGGUUGAUAUAUUGGAUGAUGGGUACCGCUGGCGUAAGUAUGGGCAGAAGGUAGUGAGAGGCAAUCCUAACCCAAGGAGUUAUUACAAAUGCACAAAUGCUGGUUGCCCUGUUAGAAAGCACGUGGAGAGGGCAUCUCAUGAUCCGAAAGCAGUAAUAACCACAUACGAGGGUAAGCACAAUCAUGAUGUACCGGCUGCAAGGAGUAGUAGCCAUGACAUGGCAGGACCAUCAACUGCAGGUGGACAGACUAGAAUUAAGUUAGAAGAAAGUGAUACUAUUAGCCUUGACCUCGGAAUGGGCAUGACCUCAGCUUCUGAAAAUAGAUCAAACGGGCAAGGCAAAAUGCUGCUCUCUGAAUUUGGGAAUGGUCAAAAUCACACCAGCAAUUCCAAUUUCAAGUUUGUUCAUACUACCCCAGCUUCCGUUCCUGUAUACUUUGGUGUUCUAAAUAACAGCUCAAAUCCGUUUGGUUCUAGAGAAAAUAGGAGUGAUGGUCCAUCUUUAAACCAUUCCUCGUAUCCUUGCUCACAGAACAUGGGAAGAGUACUAAUGGGUCCAUGAAACUGUUUACACAAGAAAAAUUAAAAUAAAAUUGUGAGUUGCAUUUUGCUUUCUUCUUUUUGGCGGGUAUAGCAUCAAAGGUAAAACAUCUCAUUUUCUAUAAGAAAAUGCAGGUAGUUCUUUUAUGUUUAUAUCACAAUAUUUGAGAGCUGCUGUUUAGUAUAAUUGGUAGUAGCUCCGGGUUGACUUUUAAAUCUAAUUGCUGUUUGUAAUUGUAUAAUUAUAUAUCCAAAUUCU